GGAAAUAAUGGGAGUAAGGAGGGAGAGAUUCAGAGGCUAGCAAACACAGAAACAGAUAGGGAGGAGAGCUCCUGGGCAAGAGCACAAACUGGGAGCCCAGAAGAAAAACAAGAGGAGGGAAAAUUCCAAACAUAAAACCCACCCUAAAAUUCCCCCUCAGGGUCAGCCAGGGAGAAGUAGCAACUAGCUCCCACCUAGGGCCCACAACCUCCACAGAAGCAAGUAUUGCCAAUGGGCAAAGUCCAAGGGCUGGAGGUACAGGCCAGGACUGGGAUCCACAGGGCAGGCCUGUAGCCCCAAACCCCUUGCCCAGCCCCCAGCACUUCCUCCUCAGGAUCCAGGACAAUGGGCAGGGGAGGGUGGGGUCAUCCUGCAUACAUCAACCCCAGACCUCCUCUGUUGAGGGAGCCAGAAUACCUGUCUUUAUGGGGAGGGGAAGGUAGCACUGGGGUCUGUCUGCCAGAAAAGGGAGAGAAGGGAAAGGAAGCAGGCGGGUUCCAGUCCUAGCCUGGGGCUGGUGCUAUGGCGUCCACUGCCCUAGGGAAGGUGCCAGGCUGGAGCCAAGGAAUGUGGGUGAUCAGGUGCCCACACCCUAGGAGAAGAGGCUGAGCAGCCCACACCCACAGACAGCAGGGUGGAGAGUUGUGAAGAGAGAUCAGGGAUGCUGGGCCCCCUUCUGUGGUCCCAAAGGACCUCAACUCCCUGUCUUGCUGGGUCUCACCUCACCAGCUUUCCUGGCCAGGGCGGGGGAGUGAGAGGGCUGGUCUGUCCCUGGACAGGAAGGGAGUAGCUGAAAUCAGAGGCUUUCUCAGGAAGAACAACCGUGACCCCCAGACCCUGACCAAGAGAGAGAAGGGACACUGGUGGGGACACGCAAUGGUGAUGCCAUAGCGGCUAAUGGGUGGGGAAUGGGGUGGCAGAGCUGGGGUAUAGCAAGGUAAUACGUAUAGAGGUCUACCGGUACAGCGUAAAGGAGCACUGGCGUACAGGCAGGAAUCACACUUGGGCACCAAUGAGGAGAAUCAGUCCAACCACCCAGCCCAGUCCAGUCAUGCAGGUACAGGAAGAUGGAGACAACUUCAUCCCCUUUGCCAAGUGUUCCAGGGUGGUAAGCCGAUCUCCAUCCCCAAGCUUGCCUUCCAAGAGCCUCAGACUGACACCCCAGCGUUAUGGAGACCUCUUCUGGGAGAACCUUAAUCAAAGGCCCAGUCCCACCUGGAUGGAGGAACAGUACAUCCCACCCUUGCUGCUGAGUCCUUCCCAUGAGACUCUCCCAUCACUGAGAGGUACUGGUUGUUCCCAGCCUGGCGUGUACCCACCUCAGGGGCUCCCACCCCCUGAAAUGCUUUGCAGAAGAAAGAGGAGGAGGCCACAUUUGGCAGGACUGCAGCAGGGAUCUGGGUGCAUCCCAGCCCGAGUAAGAGCUGUUAGUUACCACCUGGAAGAUCUAAGGAGGCGACAGAGAAUCAUCAAUGAGCUAAAGAAGGCCCAGUGGGGCAGCUCUGGGGCUGCAUCUGAGCCCCUGGUGUCUGAUGCAGUGGGCUGUGGAUUCCCCAGCAAUACUGAAUAUCCUGGUCUAGAAGAAGAGAAGGCAACCUAUCCACAGGCAGAGGACCACUUUCUCUCUCUCCGCAGGGCCCAGCUGCUUUGGUCUCCUUGGAGUCCCGCGGGCCAGGAAGGACCUUGUCUCUCCAGGCCUCUGAGCUCUCUGCCCCCCUGCAGCACUGUCACAAUCAGUAGGAACCCCCUUUACAGUCCCUGGGGGAUGGAAAUGCAGUCUGAGGAGUAAGGAAAAACCAUCUAUGCCCAAUAUGCUAGCGCUGCCUCAGGGAUCCAAACCUUCUCGCCGCUGGAAUUGCCCCCAUUUCUGGCAUCAAGGCAUUUCCCUUUCCUUAGCCUCCCCUAGGCACUAACAGCCCUCUUGGCCCCCCAUCUCAACCCACCCCUCUCAUAGGAACACCACAGUCCCGUUGCCGCCCAGGUCCCGCUCCCUGGCACUGUGUUCUUUUCUCUGUUCUGUCAUUAAAAAGCAAACAAGUUGA